AUGCAGAAGCGAUUAGCCUUAUCGUUUCCAGAAGAAGUUUUGGAGCAUGUAUUCUCGUUUAUACAUAUGGAUAAAGAUAGAAACUCUGUAUCUCUAGUGUGUAAGUCAUGGUACGAGAUCGAGCGUUGGUGUAGGAGGAAAGUCUUCAUCGGAAACUGUUACGCCGUAAGUCCAGCGACGGUGAUCCGUAGAUUCCCGAAAGUGAGAUCUGUUGAGCUUAAAGGGAAACCUCACUUCGCUGACUUUAAUUUGGUGCCUGAUGGUUGGGGAGGUUACGUUUAUCCUUGGAUUGAAGCCAUGUCUUUGUCUUAUACUUGGCUUGAGGAGAUUAGAUUGAAGAGGAUGGUUGUGACUGACGAGUCUUUGGAGCUUAUCGCGAAGUCGUUUAAGAAUUUCAAAGUUCUUGUGCUUUUUUCCUGCGAAGGUUUCUCUACCGAUGGUCUCGCUGCAAUCGCUGCUAGUUGCAGGAUGUUGAAAGAGCUUGAUUUGCGGGAGAGUGAUGUUGAUGAUGUUAGUGGUCACUGGCUUAGCCAUUUCCCUGAUACAUACACAUCUUUGGUAUCACUCAACAUCUCAUGCUUAGUGUCUGAAGUCAGUUUCUCUGCUCUCGAGAGGCUUGUGAGUAGGUGUCCCAAUCUCAAGUCUUUGAAGCUUAACCGAGCUGUUCCUCUUGAAAAAUUGGCAACUUUACUUCAAAAAGCACCUCAAUUGGAGGAAUUGGGCACCGGUGGGUACACUGCUGAAGUACGACCAGACGUGUUCUCUGGUUUAUCUGUAGCUCUCUCUGGCUGCAAGGAGUUGAAGUGCUUAUCUGGGUUUUGGGAUGCUGUUCCUGCUUAUCUACCAGCAGUUUAUUCAGUUUGUAGUCGGCUUACGACUUUGAACCUGAGCUAUGCAACAGUCCAGAGCUAUGAUCUUGUCAAGCUUCUCAGUCAAUGUCCCAAAUUGCAGCGUCUUUGGGUGCUGGACUACAUCGAGGAUGCUGGUCUUGAGGUGCUUGCUUCAACCUGCAAGGACCUACGCGAGCUAAGAGUGUUUCCAUCUGAGCCUUUUGUGAUGGAAGCAAAUGUGCCAUUGACGGAACAAGGGCUUGUCUCCGUAUCCUUGGGAUGUCCAAAACUCGAGUCAGUUCUCUACUUCUGCCGUCAAAUGACCAAUGCUGCAUUGGUAACCAUUGCUAGGAACCGUCCCAACAUGACUCGCUUCCGUUUGUGCAUCAUUGAGCCAAAAGCCCCUGACUAUCUGACUCUAGAGCCGCUGGAUGUUGGGUUUGGAGCCAUAGUAGAGCACUGCAAGGAUCUCCGCCGCCUCUCUCUAUCAGGCCUCUUAACGGACAAGGUUUUCGAGUACAUUGGGACAUAUGCCAAAAAGAUGGAAAUGCUCUCAGUGGCGUUUGCAGGAGACAGUGACUUAGGCAUGCAUCAUGUUUUGUCCGGGUGCGACAGCUUGAGGAAACUAGAGAUAAGGGACUGCCCGUUUGGAGACAAGGCGAUUUUGGCGAAUGCUUCAAAGCUGGAGACAAUGCGAUCCCUUUGGAUGUCUUCUUGUACCGUGAGUUUUGGAGCCUGCAAGUUAUUAGGACAGAAGAUGCCAAAGCUCAAUGUGGAAGUCAUCGAUGAACGGGGUCCACCCGACUCAAGACCCGAGAGCUGCCCAGUAGAGAGAGUGUUCAUAUACCGAACGGUGGCAGGUCCUCGGUUUGACAAGCCUGGCUUCGUCUGGAACAUGGACCAAGACUCAACCAUGAGGCUUUCCAGGCAAAUGAUCGCUACUAACGGAUUGUAA